AACAAGAGAGAGGGAGAGAGAACGAGAGAGAGGAAGAGAGAACGAGAACAAGAGAACAAGAGACAGAGAACAAGAGAGAGAGAACAAGAGAGACUUGGGAAGAGAGGAAGCUCUCUCUAUUGAGCUCUCUCCACUUUCCUUUCUGUUCAUUCAACCUCCACUUGUUUACUGCCGGAGGGAGAGAGAGAACAAGAGAGGAAGAGAGGGUUUCAGACUUUUCAUUUCGAGCUCAUUUGGACUGUAGUAUUUUUCUGACUGGAGUGCUCAGAGCAAAGCGCCCAGAUUCAGGUGAAUGAGACUGUAUCGGACCGCUGGGCUGGUGCUGACUACCUCAGAAAGCAUCGUCAGGGAGGUCCAACCUUUCACCAUCGGGACCAGGCUGUCUGUCUCUGGAUCUGCUACCAGGUCCAGACUUCCCCCAGAUGCUCUCCUGCCAGAGUGGGACUCUGGAUAAUAUCACCCUGCAGACCAACCUCCAUGACCAAGUCUCCCUCUACCUCAGCCAGGUGCAGAACGCCAUCUCUCUCAUGUCUGUCUCUCCCACCACUGCAUCCAGAUCCAUCAGGAAGAUUUCCAUCUCUGGAAGCCCUGAGGAGGAGGACAGCUCCUGGAGGAGACAGGAGGACUCAGAGCACAAGGUGGUCGUUGAGGAGGAGGACGGCUCCUGGAGGAGACAGGAGGACUCAGAGCACAAGGUGGUCGUUGAGGAGGAGGACGGCUCCUGGAGGAGACAGGAGGACUCAGAGCACAAGGUGGUCGUUGAGGGAGGAGGACGGCUCCUGGAGGAGACAGGAGGACUCAGAGCACAAGGUGGUCGUUGAGGAGGAGGACGGCUCCUGGAGGAGACAGGAGGACUCAGAGCACAAGGUGGUCGUUGAGGAGGAGGACGGCUCCUGGAGGAGACAGGAGGACUCAGAGCACAAGGUGGUCGUUGAGGAGGAGGACGGCUCCUGGAGGAGACAGGAGGACUCAGAGCACAAGGUGGUCGUUGAGGAGGAGGACGGCUCCUGGAGGAGACAGGAGGAGUUAGACCACAGGGUGGUCAGUAUGGGACCAGGACCGGGAAGACCCCCCCUGUCACAGUGACCAGAAACAUAUAAAAACAUCAACUACAACAACAUCAGCAGCUCCAAGCCACAGCUUCCCAGGAUAGUGGGAGUUAGAAUAUUAAAGCUUCCCAGGAUAGUGGGAGUUAGAAUAUUAAAGCUUCCCAGGAUAGUGGGAGUUAGAAUAUUAAAGCUUCCCAGGAUAGUGGGAGUUAGAAUAUUAAAGCUUCCCAGGAUAGUGGGAGUUAGAAUAUUAAAGCUUCCCAGGAUAGUGGGAGUUAGAAUAUUAAAGCUUCCCAGGAUAGUGGGAGUUAGAAUAUUAAAGCUUCCCAGGAUAGUGGGAGUUAGAAUAUUAAAGCUUCCCA